AUGAGUCUUCUAGCUAACCCUAUGAGCUUUGAAACCACAGCAUUCACUUUCUUCGUCAUCCUUCUAAUUUGCCUCAGUUGCAUCUUCUUUUUAUUGGUGGUUUUUUUAUAUAAAUGUUCCCAAAGCAGGACAGAUGAAGAGACAGAAAAAGGUCCUUGUAUAGAUGCUAAUGGAGGUGAAGAUUGUACAGCUGCUAAUACAGAGAUGAACAAUUCAGGAGACAAAGAAAAUUCUACGACUCUUGUACCCACGAGGCCUGGCAUUCUUGUCCAGAGACAGAGUAAAGCAGUGGUGGCCACACCCUUAGGAAAUGGAGAGGAUGUGAAAGAUGAAGGGGAGGACAAAAUAAAAGAGAAGCAAAGGGCUGAGAAUGCUGGAGAAAAUGGUCAAGAGAAUGACUAUUUGCAAAAACCACCCAUACCUGUCACUGGAAGUCCUUCAGUUGUUGAUAACCAUAAAAGACCUUUAAAAGGAGUGACAUUUUCUAGGGAGGUAAUUGUUGUGGACCUUGGAAAGGACAAUCCUAUAGCUCGAAGCUAUACUUGAUUACAUAAAGAGAGAAAAUGA